AUGGAGAGGAGGCCGGAGCCGGAGCUCGACCUUGAGCUCACCCUCCUCCACCCCGGCGCCUCGGCCGCGCCGGAGGAGCCGCCGGGCUUCUUCCUCUGCACCUACUGCGACCGCAAGUUCCACACUUCGCAGGCGCUCGGCGGCCACCAGAACGCGCACAAGUACGAGCGCACCCUCGCCAAGCGCCGCCGGGAGAUCUCCGCCUCCAUGCGCUUGCAUGGGCGGUCGGGUGCCCGGGCCGACCCCCCAGGGAGCGCUGGAGUAGCAAUCAACCUGCUGUCUGCAGGAGCGGAGCCUGCUGGGAGGGCGAGGACGAUGGACACACAGAAAGCUGCUCCGGAUCCGUCGCUGGCCUGGCUGUCCGGCAGCAGCCUGCUGCAGCACAACAUAAGCAGCAGCUCGCCGGAGCGCCGCGCCGGGCGCGCCGACGAGCUGGACUUGUCCCUCAGGUUAUGA